GGUCUCACUUUCCAUGAACUGAUUCGUAUUCAAUAAAUUAUUCAGUAUGUAAAUGCGUCGAUGGAUUUUUUUAUACGAAGUAUUUCGGUUUACCUUAAUAAUUAGCGAAAUGUAAAAUUGCGUGACCAAAAUAGCAAAUCGUUGCGGUAAUAUUUCAAAAGCCGACCGUGUUAAUAUAGAAGGACCUAAUUCAGGAAAUUAGCGUGGUUCACGUGCCCGCAAAAAUUGCGGUCUCGACCUCGCACCAAUAAAUUUAUCAAAAACAAUUUGUUGAUCCUGAUGUGACGGGCAGGCUCCGAUUGUGCAGAUAGGGACUGUAUCUGAAGGCUUUGUAUGCACCUCCGCAAUAUUCGAUUCUUAUCAACGGCGAAGCCCGGAGAGAGGACAGUUGGCGAUCUAAGCUGGUGCUGGUUUGGUGUUCAGUUUGCGAGAGAGUGGCGAACCGAGUGGACUCCACCAAGUGACAGUGCUGUGUGGUGGUUCUUGUUCUUUUGCUUGAACUUCGACGGUUAAAUAAACUAUUAUUAACAUGCAAAACGGGAAGCCUCAAGAGAAUGUGGACAUAAUACAAAAGUCUAUUGGUGUGUUGGGUAAAUGGCAUUUGUGGGUAUGUCUGGCCAUAUUCUUGGUAAAAUUUCCGGUGGCAUGGCACCAGCUCAGCAUAGUUUUCCUCACACCCCCGGUAAACUUUUCAUGUGCCGACCCCGAACUCGACAAGUGUGCAAAAAACUGCACCGAACACAUUUUCGACAGAUCGGUGUUUGAGGAAACAAUUACCACCCAAUGGGACUUGGUAUGCGAGAAACAACAUCUUGGGAGCUUUGCACAAACUAUUACUAUGCUCGGAAUAUUAUUUGGAAACAUGAUUUUUGGCUAUUUAUCAGAUAGAUUUGGCAGGAAAAAUCCAUUGCUAUGGGCAGUGAUAUUACAGGCAACAACAGGUGUUGCUGCGGCAAUGUCUCCUUGGUUCGUCCUGUUUCUAAUUAUGAGAUUUUUUGCUGCUUUGGCUACUGGUGGAACAAUGGUCACAAGUUUCGUGUUGGUCAUGGAACUUAUUGGUACUGAAUGGAGAACAGUUCUGGGUAUUAUCUACCAAAUUCCCUUCAACUUGGGUCAUUUAACCUUACCGCUGUUCAGUUACUUCCUCAGAGACUGGAGGUAUUUCCAAGUCGCCAUAUCCGCCCCAUCCAUAUUUCUGAUAAUCUACUACUGGGUUCUCCCAGAGUCUCCCAGAUGGUUGAUAACAACCGGUCGCACCGAAAGCGCCAUCACCACAAUGGAGUCAGCAGCUAAAGUCAACAAGCUGCCCACAGAACAUAUAAGACGUGACGUCGAAAAUUUGGUGGCGAAACAAGAGGAUAAGUCUGAAGCAAAACAAGGAGGCAACAUCUUAGACCUGGUCCGAACUCCGAUAAUGAGAGUCUACACGUUCGCAGUCUGCUUCAACUGGUUCGUUUGCGGCUUGUGCUUCUUCGGCGUGUCACAAUUUAUCGGUCAGUUGGGUGGCAAUAUAUUUUUGAACGUGGCUUUAUCGGCCAUUAUACAAAUUCCCAGUACUUUCUUUUCGGUGUAUUCGACCAAAAAAUGGGGCAGAAAAUAUUCAUUGAUAUUCGGUAACCUACUGGCAGGAAUCUUCGUAUUUCUUAUCGGUUUCACACCAUCUGAACCGGCCUGGAUACAACCCACUCUUAGCACAAUUGGAAUGUUUGGACUGGCUGUGUCAUUCCCAACUGUGUAUAUUUACUCAGGUGAACUGUUCCCCACUUUAGUCAGAAAUAUUGGAGUCGGUACUUCGUCUAUGGCGGCUAGAAUCGGUUCAAUGAUUGCUCCAUUCGUUGCCUCUCUAGUUAAAGUUCAAGUGUGGCUACCUCCUGUUAUUUUCGGAGUUGUACCGAUUAUUGGAGCCAUUUUAUGUCUACUCUUGCCCGAGACAUUGGACUGCAAACUGCCCGAUACUGUGGAAGAGGCUGAGCAGUUUCAUAAAAAUAAAAAGAGGAAUACUGAUACGGAACUUACGAUAAGUUAAAAUUUAUCAAAAAAUUGUAAUUGUAAUAAGUCAAUGAACAUGCAAAUCAAAUAUGUACAAAAUAUUUUUAUUAAACAUAUUUCAAACGUUCAAAUAUUUAGAGCAUUAUUUUUACAUUUUUGAUAAAAAUACUGUGAUAAUUUUAAUGUAAGUUAAAAUAAAAAGAGUAGUAUGUAGAUCAAA